AUGACACCCAAACAGCAAAAAAUUUCCUCUUUGGAGACAGCAAAGGCGGCUACUACGAUUCUGGACACGAUGAGCAUAAGAAAAAGUACGAUACAUAUUAUUCUAAACCUCAUUAUGAAAGUUAUUAUGAACCUCAUCACGAACACUACGAGUCAUAUCAAGAACAUCCACAUUAUGGCUACGAUCAUUACCACUGAUCUUCGUUAG